CCCCCGUAACGAUCCCCCCGAUGGUGGAGUCAAAUCUUCAAACGCGAAUUGCGGGUGAACGGGACGUCGGAAGUGGGUAUUUGGGAUCAGGUGUCCUAGACAACGGCGUUACCAUGGAUUUGUUCCCCCGCAUUCUCCAUCUCGAAGUAGUACUCGUGUAAGUGUUCAAUCCACCAAACGCGUGGAUCGCCUGUAAGAAGCAAAUUAUUCUCAACCACCUAUAUCAACACUGUCCAUCGGCAAACGAUUUUUGUAAUGCCCUACAGUGGCAUACCAGUCACAUUCGCAAGUUUUUAGAUAGAAGGCUCUGGAUAAAUAAUUGACUACAAAAAUAAACAUCAAUUUCAUGAUGGAUAAUCGUAUCUUUAUCUUCAUUCUUCUACUUAUCGGCAUUGCAGAACUGCUACCCGGCGACGAUGACGACCUCUUGCCAACGUUCCCCUCGAUAGCGACCACUUCCACAAUUGCGCCGCCGAAGAGGUGCGAAGGGGAGCUAGCGAUUAAAAGAUGCCAGGACGUGCGUUCCCCUAGCGACGAUCCCAAUUGGAAGUGGCACCGGCGUAAUAAAUACGUCGUACAGGGAACUCUAGAAGCGGCCUGUGAUCCAGCCGAUUACGUAUUCAACUGGACUCUAAUUAAUGCGGAUAAAAAUAUGCCCAGAAAGAGGCGAGUACGGGCACUUCCCCAGUUUUGGAAUAGGUCGCUUGUUAUUAUCAAUCCAUUCGAGAUAGACGUCGGGACGUAUCACGUUAAGCUUGAAGUUAAGCAGCUAAGUACCAACCAAGACAGAUACGCUUAUUGUUUGGUUACCAUUGUUUCGUGCCCACCACGUGCAAUUAUUGACCUAAUGUACUACAAAGACUUUAGGAGACUAGAACAGAAGCAACGAGUUAGAGCCGAUAUGUCGAUCAAUUUCGAUAAUCCACCUGGGUAUGAACAUAGUGGUCUAUCAUUUGAUUGGACUUGCGAAGACUUUGAAGAUAACAAGGAUAAGGAUAUAAUAUGUAUAUGUUGUCUUAAAAAUAACGCUCACCAAACUACUGCGACACUUUAUUUAUACACAUACACCUUCCCCAAGAGGUACUAUGUAAUGAAUGUUGGAGCAAAGGCGAUGUAUACUCUCACCGUUACCACCAGCGGUGGUGGUCAAAGCUUUCUACCUUUCAUCGUAUCCUUACCAUCAUCUCUAACUGAUACUGAUAGGUUUAUAAAAUGUGUAAAGAAUUGUUUCGGAGUAAGUAACUGUCAGGAGUCGAUAAUAUUGAAGAGUUACGGCAAUGUGCCGAAUUUAUUUUAUGGAUGGCAUACUGAUAAAGAGGGAGAAUUCGAAGGCCUGACGGCGGCCUUAAAACGGGCUAAUCGGCGUAUUCACUCAAUAACGGGCACGGUGCUCAUAGACUAUAUGGAGGAGGUAAAGUUGGAGAUUCCGGCCCACACAUUCAAACCCGGUACCGAGUUGGUAAUAUGGACGGAAUGGAACGAGAUUGGUCUCGGAACCUUACUGGGCGAUUAUUGGGUUGUGAAAGGACAAAUCCGAUGCUUGAAUGAAUCAACAUUGACUGGUUGCAAAGUGAGCCGAAUAUAUGGAGACGGCGGCACAUUAACCAGCUUGUAUGAAAUAAUUUGCACUUACAGCCUCAGUGAAAACGGCGGGGCUAUACUUACAGUUUAUAGGGAAGAGAAUUCUUCGGAAUAUCUUUUGGCCACCGGUUACAGUGGGCCUAUACAUGUGGCUGUUGCAUACUACAAAGGCAAGAACUCACUUUUCGUUAAGCUACUGGAUGUAUCGGAAAGGCAGGCUUUUACUCGAGUUUAUAGCGUUGAUGGUAUGCAACCGUACCCUUCCGAUAAGACACCAUUAGAAAGAUUGCAAUCGCUAAAGGCUGUGUAUCUUCACGAUCAAAAUCCAAUGAACGAAUCGCUUCCUAGAUUGUUAAGGAAACAAGAUUAUGAGGCAGCCAUCCAAGUAAUGCACCUCGUUAUAGGAGCAAUUGACGCCAUUCCGUUACCCGAAAAUAAAACGGAAGCGGCUCUUUUAUAUGAACCCAUCGAAGAGCAUUUGGUGUAUCUUAUGACUGGACUUCCUCAGGUAGAACUUCAUCUUAUCGACGAUCACUACCUGCUUCUUGGAGUGUUAAAUCAUGUGAGCAAUUUAAACGAAAAGCUACUCACAGCCAAGGUGUUUAGCGGUAUGGUCACGACGGCGCAACACAUUGCCAAUACGUUCAAGAAGUAUUGGGCGGCCACCCUUUUGAAAGAAAAACUCAAGGGCGACUUUAGGAACAUUAUCAAGUACCUCAUGGCGAUCGUACUUAAGGCUAUGGCGAAUAAGAUGGACGACCUCAAGGUGUCUAGGCCUGAACCUAACGCGAACUUUUCGCGACGAGACGACGCCUUCAAUUUCGUGGACGACUCGCUGAUUCUCGAUCCCAAAUAUGAAGAGAAGCUUGCGCAUUACCAACGCAUCAGUCGGGAAGGUAUCGACGCCCUUUUAGAGGUUGCCCAGAUCUACGGGCAGGACAUGUUCCUUGGGGAGGAUUUGAAAACGAUAACAUGGGAGGAAGCCUGUACUUUGAGUGUAGCUCGAUGGAGUGCGAAUCAAAUACACGAAAUAAACUAUGCGGAAAGUCCCGCGACCGUAAAUUUUGAUAAAAAUGCCUUUAACGUAUUUAAAAGAACCGAAGUGGUUGUUGUGAUAAUGAAAUUUGUCAGUAUCGAUCCUUUGUGGUGGGAUCUGGGCAGAAGGUUCAUACGUCCGCCUUAUUUAGUUAUCAAUUUGUUCGCCAAAAAUGAAAAACUGCCGGCGGCGGAAGGCGGUAUUAUUGUCAAGUUUACGUUCUCACCUGAGAAUAUGACGCAAGCGAGUGGCGACUUUGUUGUACCUGAAAACCAAAUGUACUGGUCCAAGGACAUAAAAGAGAAGGCAAUGAUUAUUCAUCGCGUCGACGUUACCCACGGUACCGCUCUACUAUAUAAAUUUAAUUUGGAGAGUGACAGUCACGUUUUAAACAUUGUGACCACUGUCAAUCGUCUGCCUUUGAUUGACGAUUUCGACAGAGCAAACGUUAAACAAGUCGGUAAGGAUACCGGUCGUUUAGUUGAACGCUUCCCCAAAGAGUUCCUUUCAUAUGGUGAUGCGUGGAUUUACAUUGCAGUGUUACCGUCCAAGGCAAUGAGCAAAGACGAGGAGACGAGAGCAAAACUUAAUGUGAGUUAUACUGUGGGUCUAUUAACAUCUGGGUGCAUGUAUUGGUCGUUUCCUAUGACGGAAUGGAUUCCGCAUGGUUGUUCAGCAUCCGGUGACAUUAGCGACACUGAAGUCGAGUGCGUUUGUGAUCAUCAUUCGAUGUUCGCUCCGCUGGUGCUGCCACCAUCAGUCAUAUCGAUACCGUAUGUGCCACCGGUGAAAUUUUAUAUUGAGAUGCAAACGUGCGACGUCAUAUUUGUGUUUGUGUUGAUCAGCGUCUUUAUAUAUUGCUGCGUUUUGUGCUUGGGAUUUUCGAGCACAAAAAUUGUGCAAAAAAAGGUUUAUUAUGGUGGCGAUAACGUAAUUUCGGACCGAUUCGCCUACCUAGUUUGCGUCAAAACCGGCUCCUAUUCCAACACAACUUCAAAUAUCGGAGUGAAAUUUAUAGGAAGCAACUCCACUAGCAGAAUGCACAUAAUUAACUAUCCGGAUCCCGACUUUAAGUUGUUGCGGUUGGACAACGAGGAUUGGUUCGUGUUGACCUCCGAAAAUUAUUUAGGGGAGCUUACGGAAGUGAUGUUGUGGCACGACUGCGUCGGUUCGAGUCCCGAUUGGUUUUGCGAGUAUGUUUCAGUCGUCGAUCUCCAAACACGACAAGAGUACUGUUUUUCAAUACACAAAUGGAUUUCUGUGGUGCUGUCUAAGCAGCGAUUCCUUGUUGCAAAAGUAUCUUCGACGCUGACUGAACGAUUGAACACCAGUAACAUGUAUCGACGACUCUUGGACGCUAUGAAGGAUCACACCUGGAAUAUUCUUCAAUCAUUUCAGGAUAGCGAUUUAUCAUAUACUAAGCGAAUCACGCUGAUGCUUUCAAUUGUGCUUACAACGUUUUCUUUCGCACUUUGCGCGUAUGGUACUCCGUCAUUUCACAAUUAUGAUGUUCUCGAUAUUGGACACAUCGAUUUUUAUCCUUCAAUUGCGAUCGCCGCCGUCUGUAGUGGAACUGGUUCAUUCUUCGUGCAUUUAGCGUACGUCAUGCUAUUUAGGAAAGCAUACUAUAGAAAUGUGAUGACCGGGGAGACGUUCCUUUUUAAAGUCGCCUGGACACUUUUAAUUCUAACAAUAUUAGCGGCAUCGACGUUUUUGACGUUGUGCGGCUUUUUUGUCGGCGUUGUGUCGUCGACGCUUUGGACUUACUCUUCGAUCGCGGCUUUAAUACAAGCGAUCGCGCUGCUUGAAGGCAUUUACGUGGUAUUCCGAAAUCUCGUUUUCCCUAGUCCCACCAGGCUUAGUGAUCGUGUCAAGCUGGCAAACGCGGUGGUGGACGAAGCCGAAAAUCAACGAAAUACGUUGUUUGAGAAGUUUGGUGAUUUUCUAUUUCGACCCUUUCUUAAAGAUAAAUAUCGUGCGUUAACAAACGAAGAGUGGCGGUAUAAGAAACAGAGAGAGUUGGAGAGAAAGGAUCACAUCAAUCGUAUUACCGACGCAUUAAUUUAUGUUCCAUUUAUGAUCUUAUUGUUUAUAAUUAUCUUCUUUUACCGCGACAGCAUGAGAGCCAUAAGCAAUAAUGACAUACGAGACAUCUUCUCUGGUCAUGCAUAUCCAGGCACCGCAUCGCUUGCUUCCAUUAACAACACAGAAGGAUUCUACGCUUACAUAACCAACUCUCUUUGGGAGAACGCAUUCACGAAGUCAUGGUACGGAAUGGAAGAUAUCGCACAAGUGAAAAUGAUCAAAGGGUUGGAUAACGUCGUGUUAGGGGCGGUACGACUUCGCCAACACAGGCUGGCGAACCCCUGCUCUAUACCUUCCUCAUUCGCAAAAUCGAAUCUCACUUGCGUCCCAACUUACACCCACGCCGAUUUGGACCAGAACGAUUACUCGAGAGCUUGGGGUCCCAACAAGCCCACCGCAAGUCGAGUUAAUCCCUGGAGAUGGGCGACAGAGGCGAUGCACAUUUUCGGCAAAAGGUCUAACUACGCAUCCGGCGGUUACGUCAUGGAUUUAAGCGAGCAAAAAGGCAUCACCGGCGAAAUGAUCGAGUCCAUAACAACUUACAAUUGGAUCGAUAAGCAGACUAGGCUGUUGGUCAUCGAAUUUCUGGCCUAUAACGCCAACUACAAUGUAUUUCAUUUUGUCAAAUUGGUCAUUGAGAAAACGGCGUCUGGUUACUGCGAUCCGACAAUGAAGAUAUUCUCACUGAGACUGUUUACGACAAAUCGCGCCGCAGAGCUCCUUUUCUACGCCUUAAUAGUCCUCAGUGUUAUGUUCGCCUUGGCGUUCAUUUACAACGUAAUGAAAAGGAUACUGACCAAAACGUCCGCCAUCAAAUUGUGGGAUAUCGUGGACUGCGUGAUUAUCGUUUUGGUCGUAGUGAAUCUAAUACUAUUCUUCAUACGACUCUACUGGCUUAUGACUCUGUUUCACAAGAUGGAAUCGGUUAGGCCCGACGAGUACAUAAACUAUUACGAUUUGCUGUACGUCGGAGAGCAGCUGUUCGUUGUGGAAAGCUUGACGCUGUUUUUUAUUACGUUCCGGAUAUGGAAGAUGUUGGACUUUGUAGGGAUUUGCGGGACUUGCAUGCGCACCCUAAGAGCCGCCCUUCCCGAACUGUUAUCCGUGGGGUUAGUGCAUUUGAUAAUACUGAUAUCUUGGGCGCUAAUGUGUCACAUGAUAUUCGGAAAGAGCAGCAACUCGUUCCGCGACUUCCAAACCUCGCUCGCAACAAUAGUGCUAUUCACCAAGGACAGAAGCCACCUCGAAUAUCACCACUUUUGGAACGUGUACGGCGCGUUUAUGAUCUACAUUUACACGAUCGUCACUCUGAUCAUGUUCGGAUUUUACUUCGCGAUUAUCCGAGCGUACUACAGCAGGUGUAAGAAACGCGACUCGGGAAUUGUAGAAUUUUACUCAUUUCACAUGUACAUCCGCGACAACUUCUGGGUUUGCGUAACCAAAAUUAAGAAGGUUGUGCAAGCCUUUCGCCUGAAGGCAGGCGCGGACUCGGAAUCUCCACCGGUUAAACCGUCGAGUAGAGUUUAUCCGAAGGGAGUCGCGGAUCGUUACGGUGACGUCGUCGCGGUCUCUGGGUUUGACAUUCAGGCAAUGUCGCUUGCCGCUAGAGCGUGCCUACACAACAUGGGAUAUAAAAAUAAAGGCGUCGAUCAGUCUGUUUUGAUGAGGAAAAUAUUGUACCACGUCGGUUAUCGUGCGAUGGUCCAAAGCCCGAGGUACCUCUCCUUUAGAUCGCUGCAUAGAGAUCCGAGCAACAUGCUCGUGAGUGAGGCGAAGAUGGUCGCGAUGGAACGAAUUGUGGCCGGUUUGCUUGAAAAGGGCGAGCGAGAGCGUUCGGAUGAUACGUCAAUUGUGGAUGAUGGAGAAAGGCAAGCUCAAACGUUAGAUGAAAUGCUCUACGCAAUUAAACUAAUUUCAAAAGUAAUUUCCAAUAUAUCUCUAGUCAAAGUAAUUGUUAGGCAGAAAAAACCUAAGCGUUAUUAGUUUUACAGUUGUAUUUUUUGAUUACUUCCGAUUGUUUGUUUGUAAAGCGUUCGAUUGUUAUUUGUAAAACGUGUAAUAAAAAUGAUUCC